UCGCGUUUUCUUAUCCUGCUCAAGUCAACAAUAACUCCAUAAUGGCUCAAAGCGCACAAGGAAUUCAAACUCUACUGGAAGCUGAAAAGGAGGCCUCCAAAGUUGUUGCGACAGCAAGAAAAUAUCGUGUGCAGCGCUUGAAGGACGCACGAACAGAAGCGCAGAAAGAGAUUGAAGCGUUGAAGGCACAAAAGAACAAGGAACACGCUGAUUUCGAGAAGCAGUACACUGGAAGCACAGAUGAUAUCGUAUCAAAGGCAAACGCGGACACUGAGACACAGCUUAAAGAAGUUACUGCAGCUUACAACAGGAACAAGGCCCAGGUCAUUGACAAGCUACUCGCUGGUAUCGUGAACGUGCAACCACAGAUCCACCAGAACGCAAAGCAAGUAAAGCGAGCCGCGUGAAAAAGUUUAAUAAAAUGUUGAACUAGAUACCGAUCCGUAUUCUCUGUUGGUAUUGCAUAUGAUAUGGAGACAGAAAUAAUACAAAGUCGCAUUCUUGCUACAGGCGC